AUGAUAAAAACAACAAAUCUAACAAAAACAGUUUUUAAUACGAAUCCUUCACAUUCUCAACCAAUAAAUUUAUAUACACCAUCGAUAACUUCAUCAUCAGGUUCAGUAUGUGAAACAGAGCCAUCAUCAAUAAGUUCAUCGUAUAAAAGUAAUAUUGGUAUUAAUGAUGAAAUAGAUCUUAUUCAUCAAGAUGAAUCAUCUACUGGUUUACUUGUUCUGGUUGAUAAACUUAAACGUGAAUUAGUAAUAGCAAAACAAGCUAAAAGCCAGUUAGCAACACUCUAUAAAGUAAAAUGUAAAUCUGAUCUUGAUAAAUCAGCUAAAAUUACAAAACUUCGUUUACAAUUUGAAUAUGAAUUAAGUACAUUUUGUAAACAAGAUCAAAAAGAUUUAGUAUGUUAUUUACAACGACAAUUACUUGCUCGUGAUCAACGUAUUAGUGAACUAUCUUAUGAUAUUGAACAAUUAAGAGAUUCUACAUUAAAUAAUACUGAUAAUGAAAAAAUCAAUAAAAAACUUGAACCAAUACAAAUUCUACGAUGUAACGAUCCUGAUCUUGUUAUUUCAACAGUAAGUUUAAAAAAAUGUUUUUUUCUUUCCUUCCCUUUCUUUUCAUUCUGCGCGUUCUGCUAUACAUCUCCGCCAUUAUCUACACAAGUUGCCUUGUAUUGUCCUCCUUCUCGUUAG